AUUUAUUUAAUAAGGUUUUUAAUAUAAACUACUUAUAUCUGAGACAAGCCCAAACUUGUCAUAAUGUUGUCGAUGUAUCAAAUAUACCAAGAACUGACCUGUUUAUGAUCACUGGAAUGGUCAGCCAUUAUUUACAAACAAAUACGUUCUGAAACAAAUUGUCUGCAUAUAAUAUCUGGAAUUUUAAUAUUGAACAACUUGAAGCAUAACCUUUAUGUGCACUAUAUCCUUCAAAAGAAAGACUUGAAAAAUUAAUGGUCUGCUGAUCCGCUGAAUUCGUGUGAAAGUUUGAGGUUUGUUUUAGAUCUUUUUUACUUAUUUGCUUUCAAUGGCGUUAAACAUAUUAAGGUUUUAAUUUUUAAUUCACCUGCAGUGCUGAUUAAACGACACCUUUAUCACGGGUUUUUAAAUCUUUGAAAUAAAAUAUGCCAUAAAUUUGGGUAUCUAAACACAGUAGUAUAUUCAGCUUAAUAAAUGUAAUGAAAAAUAUACCUUAAAUUUGAGCAGCCAACAUCUCAAUAAUUGAUGUAAAUUAAAAAUUGAAAAUAAAUUUAAUAAUUUUACUUGUUGAAGAGAUAUGUGGUUGUUAUGGGAACGACGAGUGGUUUGAACAAUCGUAUCAUUGCUGUAUUUAGUGUAUAGAAUUGAAAUUAAUGUAUUAGCCGAACGACGUUUAUACUAAUUGACAUGCUUAGAUUUGUCGCAGCGGGACAUAUGGCAACCUGCUGUUUUCGUUUAAAUCGUGUUUGCUACACGAACAAAACAGAACCGAAAAUAUCGGUUGACUAUAUUUACUAAAGGAUUGAACAAGUUCAGCAGAACGAACAAGAGGAAUUGGAAGGAUCGAUCUCUCAAAUGGGGUAUUACACUGUUUCCACUUUGGAUUAGAAGGUUAGGAUUGAGCAACUUUUCAAUGUUAGCUUAAUGAAUAUAUUCUACGUAUUUAACUUAGGCAUGCCCAUACUUGUCUCAAUACAUCUAAUAUUAGUAAUAUUCUAUAGAAUAAGCGACUUAGUCUUAUGAUCAUUUGAAGCAUUAAGUUAAAUGUAUUCGCCGAACGACGUUCAUAUGUGGACUUAUUGGACAAUAACAGGUAGCUAUACGUAAUUCACUGAUGAAAGCCACAUUCUUUUAUUUUCUUAUGUCGUAAUAAAAACAUCAAAAGAACAAGUUCAUAUUAGUUAGUCGUGUUAAUUAAACAAUAAUAUCAAGCACCUGGUGUUUUUUCUUAAACUAUAAUAUUUGCAACAAGCAAAUCACAACUGAAAAAAUUGGACGAACCCCAGAAUUUAGCAUGCUUUGUAGAACGAUAAGAAAUGGAAUGAUCGAUUUCAAUGUAAGUAGGCCUACACCUUGGAUUAGAAGAUCAAGAUUCGAAACAAUUCAAUGUUUAAUUGCUUAAUAAACAUUCACCAGAUAUUAUUUCUUUAAUAACGUUUUUAAAGACGUAUAACUGAGACAAGCCCAGGCUUGUUUGAAUGCGUCAAAUAUAGCAUACGUGACCUUUGUUUGUGAUCACUGGAAUUGCUGAAUCUAUAACAAUUACAAUCUGAAACAAAUUGUUUGGAUAAUAUCUGGAAAUUCUCAUAUUGAAGAGCCAAAAAGUAGAUAGAAAUAACGUUAAAGCAUUCUUCUAAUGAAAGACCUUGAAAAAUACUUGGUCUACUGAACUACUGAAUUCGUAUGAAAGGAAAAAAUUUUGUCUUUAUAAGUUUUACUAGACUAAGUUUGUUUUAAAUGUCAUAAUUUAAUUUUUAAUUAAUUUCAGUACUAUAGGAGACCCUUUCUCAUGUAUAUUUCGACCAAGGACAUACAAAUAUGCCGUAAAUUGGGGGCAUCUAAACAGAGCAGUAUAUUCAGUUUAUUAGAUUUACUGAAAAAUAUGGCUGAAAUUUCAGCAAGCAACAUCUCAAUAAUUGAUGCAAAUUAAAAUUGAAUAUAGAUUCGACACUUUUAUUAAUUGAAGAGACAUGUAGCUAGUUGUGAUGCGAACAACGAGUGGUUUGAACAGUAUUAUCAAUGCUGUAUUUAUUGAAGACUUGAAAUAGAUGUAUUCGCCGAACAACGUUUACAAUUAUAGCCUAUAAUACAUGCUUAGACUUGCCACAGUAUAAGACAUAUAGCCACCUGCUGUUUUCGCUUAAAUCAUACUUGCUAUGCGAUCAAAACAGAAACCAAAAUAUCGGUUGACUAAAGAAUUUAACAAGUUACGUAGAACGUAGUAAUUGGAAGGAUCGAUGUUUCAAAUGGGGUAUCAUACUGUUUAAACCUUGGAUAAGAAGGUCAGGAUUAGGCUUAAUGAAUAUUUUGUGUAUAUAAUUUAGACAGGUCCAUACUUGUCUCAAUUCAAAUAACAUUAGAAAUGUAGCAAUAAUUAAACGACUUAUGAUCAUUCGUAUUCUAAAUGAAUGGCGAAUACAAUCUUUAAAAAUUAUUUGCCAAAUGCUUUAAAAUUCUCAUACUGAAAAGCCUGAAAAUAGGCAAAAUCAACUUUCAACACAGUAUUCUUCGAAUGAUAAACCUUAGAAAAUUCAUGGUCUACUGAGCUUCUCGAUUCAAGUAAAAGCUAAAAGUUUGACUUAUAUUAUGUUUACUAGUUUGGUUUUGAUGGCCCAAAAUGUCGGUAUUAAGGAAUAAAUAUACCGUACAUCUAACCACAUGCAGUAGUACACUUGGCCUAAUAUAGAUGUAGUGAAAAAUAAAACACAAAUUCCAGAAACCUAUAUUUCAAUGAUGAUAUUAUAUUUUAUUGACGAGGCAUGCAUGAUGCAUGUGGUUGUGAUGGAAACGACGAGACGUCUGAACAAUGACUUAUUACUGCUAUAUUUACUGUAGCGUUAAAUCAAAUGCAUUCGCCGAACAACGUUUACAAUAGGUAUUAUUUUCAGACUUGUCUAACAACAAUUAGACAUAUAGCCACCUGCUGUGUCAAUUAAAUUUUACUUGUUACAAGCAAAACAGAAUUGAAAAAAGCAGAUUGCCGCAAAAAUUUUCAAAUUUCAUAUAUACCUGAAGUAUUUAAUAAGGAUCAGUUUUUAAACGAGAGUAGGCCUAUAUUUUAUUGUGUUCACCUUGGAAUAGAAGGCUACUGGUCUGAUGUACUUAAUUGUUGUGUACACUUUGGAUUAGAAGAUUAAACUACGUAAAACUGAUACAAGCCCAUAUUUGUUUCAAUGCAUCUAUAGUAUAAAUACAAUAAGUGUCACAGCAUAUUGUCAUUCGAAGGGCUCUAAAUAGAUGUGAAAUACAAUCUGCAACAAAUAUUCCGCAUAAUAUUUGGAUGAAUUCGCAAACUGAAGAAACUGAAAGUUGAUAUAUUCACAUAUCUGUUCAUGAACUGCCCUCUCUAAAAGUUUUUUCACUAAUAUGUACUUUUACAGUUCAUAUUAUUUCGACGUGUUAAACAACAAGACACAAGCGCCUGCUGUUUUGUCGUAAAUUAUGUUAACAGAACUGAAAAUAUUGGACGAACACCAGAAUUUAACAAGAUUUGUAGAACGAUGAUAGAAACCUUAACUAUGACGCAACAAUUUUUCGGCAAAUUAUUCUCUAACCAAGUAAUUUGGCUUUGCUCCCCGACGCUUACGAUCAUUUCUACUUUCUUCUGUAGUAAUUAUUUUAACACGUCCGUGGCUUCUUUUAAGAAUUUCUCAUUAAAAGUCAGCCGGUAGUAGGUAUAGUAAUGUGACGUACAGGUCACAUGAUCUAGUCACGGGACAGUGAACACAUGUACUGUUGUAUCGAGCAAGGAAAGCGAGGACGGAUCUAGGACAUUCACAUUAAUCAUUUAAAUAUAUUAUUUUAUUACAAACUGACUUCAUUAUAUUUGGCGACGAGGAUUAUUUUAAAGAAAUAUGGCAACGAAACUUACGCAUUUAGCACCACGUUGCUGGUCCCGCAGUUCAUAAGAUUUUCAACACGUUAACCGAUACUGGCACAGAUUGUAAAACAGCUGUGGAGAAACUCGAUAGUUAUUUUCAACCGCAGAAAAAUGUGAUUUACGAAAGAUAUGUAUUCAAACAGACCCGACCUAGCCCUGACGAAUCGAUUGAUCAUUUCAUUACAAGUCUUCGACAGCUAGCGGAUACAUGUGAGUUUGCGAGUGUAGAAGAUGAAAUUCGAGAUCAUUUUGUAAUCACUUGGCCGUCAAAGGUAUUUCGUGCGAAAUUAGUUCGUGAGCCGACACUCACUCUCGAAAAGCUACAAGAACUAGCCCGGGCACAGGAACCGCUAAUCGUCAUGCCAGUGUCAUGGCCGACGAAGAAGAUACCAAACUGAAUCGACUUACAACCAAUCGUUCUCGAAUUGGCGACCAGAACGAGUGAUUUCAACAAGAAAGCAAAACAGCGAAUAUAUCCGGAAAAUAUACUGGUAACUGUUUUAACUGUGGUAGGAACUAUUUUCCAGGUCACAAACAAGUUUGCCCAGCACAAGGAAAAUCAUGUCGUUCGUGUGGAAAGCUCAACCAUUUUGCCAAAGUUUGCCGCUGUUCCCCAAUGCGAAAGCCAGAAUUUCGUGCCCAAAACAGGGGAAAAUCGAAUGAAAUCGACAACUCUAUUAAAGCAAUCAUAACAACGCCAAGAAAAACCGGAACCGGAAGUUCGGCGAAUGACGACAGCGACGAAUACAGCUUCACCUUGACCCAAGGUCAAUCCAAGUUCAGCCCAACGAAGGUAACCAAAACAAACAAGGGUGUUUUCGUGACGGCGAAAAUAAACGAAACGGAUAUAAGAUUAGUUCUUGACUCUGGUGCAACAACAAAUAUUUUACAUUCUGCAAGUUUUGAACGUAUUCAAAAGAACAAAUCCAACUGGAACCUACGUCAAUCAAAAUAUACCCAUACAACUCUACAGUUCCUCUACCCACUACCGGCAAGUUUGAAGUUCAAUUUUGUAAUGGUACAAAAACUACAUCUGCAACAUUUCAUGUUGUUGAAGGAAAUUCUGGGUCAUUGUUGGGAUAUGAGACAGCAACAGAACUGGGACUUUUGCAUGUUAAUGUCAACCAAACAACAACCAUGCCUAUUUCUACAUCAAGCAACACGUCUGAUCUGGUCGCAAAGUUUCAGCAACUAUUUACUGGCAUUGGUAAACUGUAAGAUUAUAAACAAAAGCUACAUCUUGACCCUAGUAUACAACCAGUUGCCCAAAAACCUCGGCGAGUACCAUUUCAGUUACGUAAGGAAGUAUCUGCCCGAAUUGAAGAAUUGGAAGAACUCAAUAUCAUAGAACGUUCUUGAGGUCCAACAUCGUGGGUAUCGCCUGUGGUCGCAGCACCUAAACACCACAACCCAUCUGAAGUUAGAGUAUGUGGUGAUUAUCGACAACCCAACCGAGCCAUAAUUCGAGAACAGCACCCUAUUCCCACCGUGGAAGAGCUCAUGGAGGGCAUGACUGGUGCUUGUGUCUUUUCAAAAUUCGAUCUUCGCGCUGGCUACCAUCAAAUUGAAUUGGAAGAAGAAUCGAGAUCUGUUACCACCUUUUGCACACAUGAAGGCCUAUAUCGAUAUAACCUACCCUUCGGCAUCCCCUCUGCGUCUGAAGUUUUUCAGAAUGUCCUGCAACAGUCACUUCAAGGUCUUCAUGGCGUUCGUAACAUAGCGGAUGACCUCAUAGUUUGGGGAAAAUCCCAGGAAGAACACGAUCACAAUCUUGAAGCUUUGUUCCAACGCCUAAAUGCCAAGGGCCUCACAUUGAAUGGUGAUAAAUGUGAAUACAACCAACCAAGUUUAUGGUUUUAUGGUCACAGUUUGUCCAAAGAUGGUCUAUCUGCUGAUCCCAAGAAAGUUGAGGCCAUAGUCAAAACGACAACUCCACAGAAUGUUGCUCAGCUCCGAAGUUUCCUUGGUUUAGCUAACUACUGCGCUCGUUUUAUCAAGGAUUUUGCCACUCUUUCAGCUCCUCUGAACGAACUGACCAAGAAGUCAACAAAAUGGCAAUGGACUGUCAUCCACCAACAAGCUUUUGAGAAAAUUAAGACUGCAAUUGCAGAGGAUUGCAGCAUAGCUUUCUAUGAUCCUGCCAAAGAAACAACCCUGACUGUUGAUGCAAGUCCUGUCGGUCUUGGGGCCAUACUGUCUGAGAUACAAGAGGAUGGUACCAUACGCAACAUUUCAUAUGCAAGUCGCACCAUUACCCCCACUGAACGCCGCUAUUCGCAGACAGAAAAAGAAGCCCUUGCAGUGGCAUGGGGCUGUGAACGCUUCCAUUUGUAUCUUGCAGGUAAAGAAUUUACCCUCUACACUGACCAUAAGCCACUUGAACUGAUUUAUAGACCCAAAUCCAAACCACCACCACGCAUUGAGAGAUGGCUUCUCCGAAUGCAGCAGUACCUGUGCCAAGUGCAAUACCGACCGGGAUUGUCAAACCCUGCUGAUGUGUUAUCCCGUCAACCAACAGAAACCUGUGAAUGCUCUGCUAACACUGCGGACAAGUAUAUCAACUUUAUUGAGAGCCAUGCAGUCUCCAAAUCAAUGGCUCUAGAGGAGAUUGCUGCUGAGACAAGUACUGAUUCUGAGUUACAAGCUGUGAACAAAGCAGUGCAGAGAGGACACUGGUAUGAAAAAUGAUCCAAACUGCAGGUAUGUUACAGCUUAUCAUAAAUUAAAGGAUGAACUGUCCAUUACUAACAAUGGUAUACUUUUACGUGACACUCGAAUUGUUAGUCCAAAGUCUCUUCAGAGUAGAACUUUGGCCAUUGCUCAUGAAGGGCACCAAGGUAUAGCAAAAACUAAAGCACUAUUACGCACUAAAGUGUGGUGGCCUGGUCUAGAUACUGCUGUAGAAAGUCUUGUAAAAUCAUGUUUACAAUGCCAGUCAGCAACUAUCAAGCACCACAGCCAAAGGCUCCGUUAAUCAUGACUGAUAUGCCAUCCAAACCAUGGAGCGCAGUAUACGCUGAUUCUUGUGGUCCAUUUCCCACAGGAGAAACUGUUCUGGUCGUUAUUGACGGUUACUCUCGCUAUGUGGAGGUAGAAAUAAUGAAAAGUACGACCACUACAGCAGUUGUUUCGCGUCUCAAAAAAAAUAUUCGCCAGACACGGUUACCCAGAUGAAUUGACAAGCGACAAUGGGCCCCCAUUUAACGCUGCAGAUUUUGAUGCUUUUCUAAAUCAAAAUGGUGUUCGCCACAGGAAAAUCACCCCUUACUGGCCGCAAGCUAAUGACGAAGCGGAACGUUUCAUGCGCACAUUAGAAAAAGCUGCACGAGCCGCCCAUAUCGAAGGAAGAAGAUGGCAAGAUGAGUUAGAUACUUUUCUUUUGAAUUACAGGUCAACGCCGCAUUGCACAACUGGUAUCAGCCCGGCAGAGCUUCUAUUCAAUCGAAAAAUUCGAAAUAAACUGCCAAGUGUGGACCGGUUACCCCCAUGCCCUCAGACAUCGAAGACAGCCAUGAAAAAUCUAUCAACAACGACUCUAAGAGAAAGGAGAAGAUGAAGAAAUAUGCGGACAUACGGAAUCAUGCAGAGAACAUUAAUCUUCAAAUAGGAGAUUAUGUCUUAGUCCGACAGCAAAAGAAAAAUAAGCUAUCUGCCCCAUUUGGUAAAACGCCAUACAGAGUAACAGAAAUAAAAGGGACAAUGAUUACUGCGACUAGCGAAGAUAGCGGCAACAUUACCAGAAAUGUUUCAGUGUUUAAACAAAUCCCAAACCCAAACCUUGAACCACAAGAUCAAAUUAUCGAGGAUUUUCAUGGUGAUGCCUAACACGGAAUUGACGCGCAGAUAUCCAACUCGGAACAGAAGAAGUCCAGAAUUUUAUAAUGGUUCACAGACAUAGUAUGAACCUAUACAAACUUGAAGUUUUAGUUUUUGAGUUGUUAAUUAUGAAUGUUUUAUUCUAAAAGGAAAGGAGGGAUAUAGUAUUGUGACGUACAGGUCACAUCAUCUAGUCACGGGACAGUGAACACAUGUACUGUUGUAUCGAGCAAGGAAAGCGAGGACGGAUCUAGGACAUUCACACUAAUCAUUUAAAUAUAUUAUUUUAUUACAAACUGACUUCAUUAUAGUACGGACCUAACUAGAAGGUGGGGCUGACACAGAAGGGACCUUCAUUUCAUGCCUCUUUCUGAAUGGUCCGGCAUAUAUGAUAUGGGGACAAAGAUACAGCUGAUAAACUGAAAAAUAACCACGUAUACCUAAAAUAAAAAUUCGACGUUCCGAACAAAGGCUUUUCGUCAGAGGCCUUCAGUAUUAUUUGGAUUUCAAGAAAUAAUUAUUCAUUCCAUAACUACGAAUAAUACAUUUUUGUAUAUUUAUUUAUUUUUUAAAAAUUAAUCAAUAUUGAUUUUAAUUUUAUUUUCUAUCUGCACGUUUGCUAAUUAAAAUCGUUCAGACCAUUGGCGUUUUAUAAAGUAUGAAAUGAUACACAUCAUUUCCAUUCCAUUUUCGUGAUAUGCGGUUUUUAGUCACUAGUUUGUCUACUUUUGUGUUGCCUUGUAUAUUGGGACUCUCAUGAUGCUAAGCACUCAGUCAUAUCAAAAUUUCUCAUUUUUGUGUUAACCGGAUAUCAUAGCUAUAACCUGUAAUGAUUAUUGCUGCACUAUUCUGGAGUUUUUUACAUUUAAUUUUAACCUUGAAAAAGAAUUUUUCAUUGCAAAAAGGCGAUAAAUACACAAACUUCAAAAGAUUUGUACACGCUGCAAUCGUUUCAACAAAAAAUUGGAGAUUAUUAUAGAUGCGUUAAACUUUAAUAACGAGUUCAUAUAUAUAUAUAUAUAAUUUUUACAAAUUAUACAGUGUUCUUCGGAUUGUAAUUAUUUGUUUUAAAACAAACAUAUUCGUUGCAAAUGACUGUCAUUUCAUUGCAAAUGUCUUUCUUUUGCUCUACUUUCGUAUCGAGCACUCUAUUCGUAUGAUUCGACACUCAAUAUACUUAUUGACAUUCGCCUAUGUAUAUAUAUAUAUAUAUAUAUAUAUAUAUAUAUAUAUAUAUAUAUAUAUAUAUAUAUAUAUAUAUAUGUUCGUAUGUAAUGUAAUGUAAUAUAUAUGUAAUGUAAUAAUAAUAAAUGUUCGUAUGUUGCGCCAAAGAUCUUUGGCGUGCAGAAGUUAUAUAUGCGCCAAAAUUUGGCGCAUAAUUAGCUUAAACUCUGAAAAUUUUCUUUUUUACUCACGUAAAAAAGAAAAAUGUCGGCCGCGCAUGCGCAGUAGGAACGGUGACUGAGUCAGUGGUGGCGCAAAUGGAAGAUUCUAGCAAAAAAGUUGGCAAAUUGAGACAAACAAUAAACAAAAAGUUAACGAGAAUCAGUGGUGUAGCCAGCCCGACAAUUAGGCCUCGUUAAUUAUGCAAAUUCAAAAUUAUUAUCAUUAAUGUUCAUUUCUUUUGAUAUUGAUUUUUUUCACAGUCAAUGAACACGAAAAUAUUUGCAUAGUGGGACUAAAUCGUCCGGCUUCCUACGCUACUGACAAGAAUCGGUAGUUAGGGAAGAAAGGAACGCUAUUAACAUCGAAGGAACACCUAUAAUUGUUUGGAUGCUAAAAUUACUUGCAUCAAUUUUGAUACUGAACAGCAAACUAAGUUAAGGCGAAUUUCCAGUCCUCGCACGAAGCUCCUCGCAGCUCGCUGCGAGUGCAUGCAUGAGCACUUUCAUCCAAUCACAAUCAUGCUAAACAGUUAAUUUUAAUUAGAUGCAAGCACUCGCAGCGAGCUGCGAGGAGCUUUGUUCGAGGACUGGAAAACCGCCUUUAGGCGAAAUCUUGAUUGCAAAAUUUAUUUGACAAAAAAAAACCCACGACGUAACGCCUGAAAUCUUGAAAAUCCCCUAGUUGGUGGCUGUCUUGUAACGUCUGCUAUUUUUCCUGAAUUUCUAAAAUCAGUCUGGAUUCCAAAAUUUAAAGCAGGGUUAGCCAGUAACUAUUUGGUACCUGUUAACUGAGACAGUUUAUUAUCUUUCCUUCCACUAAACUAUUGCCUGCUGAAUAUUGCUCUGGCGGUAUUAUUAUAUGUACUAAGGAAGUCGAUUUAAUUAUGCUUAAUUUACUUUUUAUCGGCGUUUGACAAAGUACAAUAUGCCCGAAAUAUUUAUUGGCUUUCUAUAAACAAAAAUAAUUAACCUACACUUUUUUUAUUUGGACAUUGGAUUUAAUGUAAGCAGAAAAGCUGGAAAUUUCAGCAUGAGCUCCCCCUUUGAAUUUACUAUAUGAGUAAAUUCUUAAACACGUGCGAAUUUAUCAUUAUGAUAAAUUCGCAGCACAUUUUGAAUUUAUCAUAAUAAUAAAUUCGCGGAACCUGACCCCUAACACUAACCCUAACCCCAACCCAUAACCACUAACCUCUAACCCCUAAACCCUAAUCACUAACUCAUAAACCCUAACCUAACUUUUUAUACUUUUUAUAGCUUUUUUAAACUUUUUUAAAACAUUUUUAAAACUUUUUUAAACUUUUUUUUGAAAAUCUUCAAAAUUUAGUUCAACAGUGAAAUUAAAUUGCUAUCACCAUGACGAAUGAAAAACAGCUUAGAAAGCCGAAAAUAUAUAACUCUUUUAAACAAGAUGGGUUGUAUUUUUUAAUUUUUUUGAAUAAAAAAUUAAAAAUUUAAUAUGUCAAAAAUUGAUAGUUUAUGAGGAAAUUAGCCAACUAUAUAUUGCUUUAUCUCCCUAUAUGAUAAUUAUACUAGAUACCUGUUAGAACUCGAGAAAAGUUUUGACCCAGUCCUAUGGCAAUGGAUGAAAAUUAAUUUCUUCUUCUAGCUGCUGCAGGCACGCCCGCUCGCUUCCAAAAUAUUGUGACUUGAAUCCCGCUGAAUUUAUAAUUUUAAAUACGAAAUAUUACUUAAAUAACCACAUAUUCUUAUUUCCUUUAUAAUAGUCUAGAGUAGCGCAUUCUAUCACACUAUGGCCAAAGAUAAGACAGGAUUCAAUGAUCCAAUCCAUGGCUACAUGGAAUUUGAUCCUCUGUUGGUCGCUAUCAUUCACACUCCGUGUUUCCAAAGAAUGAAAGACAUCAAGCAGCUGGGAGCUUCGUACUGGAUCUUCCCUGGUGCUUCGCACAAUCGUUUUGAACACUCUCUAGGCACUGCGCACCUCGCUGGGAUGAUGAUUGAAAGAUUGAAAGAUGUCCACAAAGAUACAGAAUUUAAAGAUUAUAUCACCAAGGUGGACAUCUUGUGCGUCAAAAUUGCUGCCCUCUGUCAUGUACGUACACAGCAAAAUUGAGAAUUUUUUUCUAUAAAAAAAGUCUUGCAAAAUUCUUAUUUUAAGCAAUAUCUUGCUUACACAGUACUUAAAACAAGCAAAGUUUCCGUGCAAAUCCUUGACAAGAAUAUCUGACAAGAAUAUGGAAACGUGUAAGAGGGGUACAUUAAGAUUUAAGAGUAUAAGAAUUGUCAUUCUCUUUAUAUUGAAUUUUGGCAUGAUCAAAUUUAUUUUUCUCAUAUAUUUAAGUAGUUAGCAAGCAUGAACAUUCAAAUGAUAGAUUGAUAAGUGCCAAGCAGCAUUAAAUUUUGCUUCCUGUUAAAACGUUCUGUCAUAUAAUAGUUUUCCUAUAUUUCACAGGACUUGGGCCAUGGUCCAUUUUCUCAUGUGUUUGAUACACGAAUGAAAACGAAAUUGAUCAAGUACCAUGAAAGUGAAAUAGAAAGAUUGUCCGAUGAGCUAUGCGAAGAUGAUGAUAAGAAUGAACGCAAAGUCUACCACGAUAAACAAGCAAAGAAGUUGGAAGAUUGGGAGCAUGAAGAUGCAUCUUGUGACAUGUUUGAUUACAUGUUGGAGACCACCGAAGGAUUAAAAGAUGCUUUUGAGAGGAAACAUCUUGAUGAGAAUAAGCAAAGUCUUAUCAAAGAUCUCAUAAAAGGCAAAAAGCCGGCUAAAGAUAUGACCACGCAGAUCCCUACUGUAAAUGGCAAAACGAAAUGGUUUCUGUUCGAAAUUGUUGCCAACAAAAUAUACGAAGUUGAUUGUGAUAAGUUCGAUUAUUUUGCCCGUGAUUGUCACAACCUGGGAAUGAAGAGCAAUUUCGAUCAUCUUCGCUACAUUCACAAUAUUCAAAUAAUAUUAUCGCCAGACGACAAUGGGUUACACUUGUGUCCACGCGAUAAGCUUGCUUUUAAUAUAUACGAGCUUUUCCAUACUCGAUGGUCAUUACAUCAUCGCGCUUACCAACAUAAAACCACGAAAGCCGUCGAGGAAAUGAUUACAGAUGCUCUUGUUCUAUUAGAAGAGAAAUACAACUUCUCCGAGGCUAUAUCCGAUAUGGAGAAAUAUACCAGGCUCACCGAUAGCAUAUUUUACGAAAUCUUGCGCAGCAAUGAUGCAGAUGAGAAGACCAACAAAGCGAAAGAAAUUCUCGAAAGGAUCCAGCAGCGAAAUCUAUAUAAGCUUUGCGGCCAGUUUCAACCAACCCAAAAAUUAGAAAUUAAUGUUUCGAAAGCUGCUGAAGAUAUCGCGUCACUAUCCGAAGGCCGUGUAGAUCCGAAUGAAAUCUUUGUCAGCGUUGUUAAUAUUCAUUUUGGCAAAAAAGAUCAAGACCCCGUGAAAUCCGUCUUAUUUUACAAGAAAAAUGGCGAAAUUACUAGUUCAAUUGGUAGAGAUGACGUGAGCAAAAUGCUUCCACAGACAUUCUCCGAGCAAUAUGUUCGCGUCUAUGGAAAGAAUCUCUCAACAGAUGUGGACAAACAAAUUAUUGAGGACUGUUUUGAGAAAUGGAGACAGAAAAAUAAAUAUUAAGCUCCUAACUCAGAUAAGUUGCCUGCAUAUUGACAGGACAUAUUAUUGCCAACUAACUCUUCGAAGUAUUAUAUAUUGCUUACGGGAGCAAGAAUAUUGAAAUAGCUCGUCAAAUGAUUUUAUCUAGUUUAAAGUGUCUGCAUGUAAUACAGUAUAUCCACAAAAACAUUGAUUCAACCCAUUAGUUCGAUAUACAUUAUUUACCAACACUAUUAUUUGUGGAGUUAAGAAUGGUCUUAUCAGUAACAAAUUUUUGGAGCAAGUUCGAUGUCGAUAAUAAUAAAAUUAACAUUGUUAAUGUAUGUUUUUAACAUAUUGUUUCGCCAAACAUAGAAAGUGAAAAAAGAAGAAGAAAAUGAAAUUUGUUUCAGUAACACUUUAGUUAGAAAAUAUCAAAAUGUUAAUUAAACACCAAAAUUAUCCUGGCAUGGGGGAUUAAGUUUUCAUGGGGGAAAAGAAGCCAAAUUUUUCUGCAGAGAUGUAUUCAGGGAUUGAUUUACUGGGGGGGGGGGCAUGCCCCCUGGCCAGAGGGGGUGCAGGGGGGGGGUGCUAUUUUUCAUGAUAAAGCAAAAAAUUAUUAGAGACAAAAUGACAUACAGUAAAUGUGAGUAAUAACAUGAUGAUAAGCGAAAUGUGAACAACAAUUAUAAUUUAAAUACAAUAGUCAAGCAGGACUUUGCAGUAGUGAAGCAAGUUGAUGGGCGGAUGGCACACAUGACCGACACAACUCGGCACCAGAGCCGGUAGAGCACCUCCCCCCCCUACCAGAUCAUGCUGGAUCCAUCCCUGGAUGUAUUUACUGCCAUGGGGAUGCACCCCCUCAACAUUGGCAAAGGGGGGGGUGGUAUUUCAUCAAAUAUUUUUUUUUUCAAUUUGGAAAGGCAAUAUCCAGUCACCAUUACCACAAUAAUACCCUCACUGCUGUGUGUAGCUACAAAUGAUAACAGACUUGCUCAAUCAACAGUCAUACACUGAACCAUAUAUGGGUCGAUGAGCACACCCGGCCUCCAUUUGUACAGACAACUUAUACAACACCGAAAUAAAGCCAAGAACAUUUUAAAUUUCAAAUAUUCUUGCUACAUCAAAAGACUGUUUAACCAAAUCUAUGAAGGUGCACAGUAAGGUACAGUUCAACAUCAAACACUAGGUCUUCUAUUUUGUAGCUUUGAAGUUUGCAGGCUUCCAGACCAUCAUAAUGAUCAUUUCUUGACAGACUAUUGUUUGGUCUAUAAAAAACUUAGUUCCUUCACUGUCCCUCGAACAAAAUCAUAAGGAAAAUUUUUAGAUAUAAAUCACAAGGCGUAAAAUUGCAUUACGUAUAAUUAUAGUCUAUAAACAACUCAAAUAAAUAUUAACAUUAAAUUUAUGUUCCUCUUCAAAGAAUAUUCAUUGCAAAACUAUUUGGUUGAAAUAAGACGUUAAUUAUUCAGAUUCACCUGCUUUUGUUGGUAGGGUUUAUUGUUUUACUAUUUAGAUAUAUAAUAUAUUCAUUGACUCGUG